AUGCAGCAGAUCGCCCAGGGCAUGGAGCACCUCGCUGAGCUCCGCGUCGUCCACCGGAACCUCGCGGCAAGGCACGUGCUGGUCUUGGGCUUCGACAAGGAGGACGUGCGCAGGACGUCGGUGAAGGUGGCGGGCUUCGGGCUGGCAGUAGAGCUCGUGGACGGUACUGACGCUACGGUAGCGGGGCGAGGGCUGCCGGUACGCUACAUGCCCCCGGAGUCCAUGCAGGGAGGCCGGUGCUCAGAGAAGAGCGACGUGUGGGCCUUCGGGGUGACGUGCUGGGAGAUCAUGACCUUGGGCAAGACCCCCUACUACAACUUGACGGACGAAAGUGUGAUCCGGUACGUGUGCGGGGGUGGGAGGCUGACCCGAGAGGACGUAGUCGGAGGGUGUCCGGACGAGGUAUGGGCCCUGGUAGAGAGCUGCUGGGCGACGAGGGAGGAGGAUCGCCCGACGUUC